UUGACCACGACCUCUCCUUCCUUUGGCCGCUUCUCCCCGCCCCGCCGCGCGCGCCACCCACUGACCACCACCACCGCCGCAGCUACCAACGAUGGUGGUGGCCACCCCGCGCCGCCGUCGACGCCGGUGAGGACGACGCGCGCGGCCCCGCACCCAGAAGGAGGCAGGAGGCGACGCGGACGCCCGCGCCCGCCAUGGAUCCGGCGUCCGAGGAGCUCGAGCAGCGCAGCCGGUACCUCAGCUCGCUCAUCCGCCGCACCAAGCUCAACUCCGCGCCGGCGCUCGCACCUCCCACUCCUCCUCCGGAGCCCGAGUCGAAGCUGGUGGUGCCAGUGCCGGUGCCUGAGAGAGCCGAGGAGGAGGCCGCGUCGGCGGCGGCGGCGGUGGUGAAGAAGAGGGAGGUCAAGGAGGAAGGGGGCGGCGGCCAAGGUGGGAAGGGGAAGGCGAAGGGGAAGGAGAAGGGGAGGGAGGAGAGGAAGGUAGUGCCGGUUCGGGUGCGCGCGGCCGACAUGCCGCUGGAGCUGCAGCGGCGCGCGGUCAGGCUCGCCUACGAGGCUAUCGUCUCCAUGCCGCGGCUCGACAGCAAGCGCCUCGCCCUUGCGCUCAAGAAGGAAUUUGAUGCAUCAUAUGGUCCUGCUUGGCACUGCAUUGUUGGCACAGGCUUUGGUUCCUAUGUCACUCACUCCGUGGGAGGCUUCUUGUACUUCUCUGUCGACAAGGUCUACAUUCUACUCUUCAGAACCGCAGUCGAGCCAUUAGCCCAUCCGCAAUGAGCCUGAUGAUCAGUU